AUGAAGGAUCCACAGCUACCAGGUACCAAAACACUAAAUUUUUGGUCAAAACAAAAUGGAGGAAAAAAAGGAAAAAACGGAUCACCUACACAACCCACCUUUACAGAACAACGAACACCAAAAUUUCCCGCCUUAACCGCAGAGCAAAGAGCAAAGCAGACAGCCUUUGAGAGGGUCGUCUAUGACAUGUCCCAUAAUGAACGUGUCAUCAAUGACAUCAUGCUGGGCCGCAGGGUCGCUUUCUAUGAGCUCAGAGGAGAGAUAGGGACUGGAAAUUUCUCCCAUGUCAAGUUGGGUGUUCACGAAUUGACCAAAGAGCGUGUUGCUGUGAAAAUACUAAACAAGAUGCGUCUUGACAAGAAGUCUCAGACUUCAUUUGGAGCAGAGAUUGUCUGUAUGGAGAGACUCUCCCAUCCAAACAUUGUGCGUCUGUAUGAGGUGCUCGAAACCAGCAGGCAUUUGUACCUUGUAAUGGAAUAUGGCAGUGGAGGAGACCUGUUCUCUCGCAUCACCACCAGGGGGCGCCUGUCGGACCUGGAAAGCAAGCUCAUCUUUGCCCAAAUCAUCUCAGCCAUCAAAUAUAUGCACGAAAACAACAUUAUCCAUCGUGACCUGAAAGCAGAAAACAUCUUUUACACCACAUGCUACUGCAUCAAAGUGGGCGACUUUGGUUUCAGUACUGUCUGCGAGCCAACCGAAACUCUGAGCACAUUUUGCGGCUCCCCUCCAUACGCGGCGCCCGAGCUGUUCAGAGACAAAAGCUACGUGGGCCGUUACGUGGACAUCUGGGCGCUGGGUGUCUUACUCUAUUUUAUUGUGACUGCCACCAUGCCUUUCUACGCCGACAACCUGGGACGUCUUAAACGCUGCAUCCUGCAGGGGGCGUACAGCAUCCCGUCCUACGUCCCGGACCCCUGCCAACUGACUAUCAAAGGCAUGCUGAGACCCUUACCCGUGGAUCGCACCAUUGCCUCGCAGCUGAUGGUCUGCUCAUGGCUGACGGGCAUCGAAUACCCCAAACCGUAUCCUGUGCUCAGCCCUACCCCCAAUCACCUUGCUGACCCCGAGAAGAGUCUGUGCGUGGAGGAAAAGGAAGUGAAAUUGUCUCUAAAUGAGCUUGGUGUCAGUGCUGCACUUUUGCAGAAAAAUACGUGCGUAGACUCUCGUAGCCCGAUUACAGGAGCAUACCGUAUUCUGCUGCACCGCAUACAGAAGAGGAGGUCCGUGGAGGCGGUGGGAUAUUCAGCCCUCUAUCCGGAUGAUUUUGGUACCAAGAAAUCUUGGGCAAGCAAUGCAAUGACCAAGCACGAUGCAUCUGCAGUCUGCAAUGUCCUGUAAAGACCAGAGUAAUGUGUGACUCAUGUGUGUUUCAGAAUGUUAUGGAUAUACAUGUAUGAUGUAUUGCACUGUUGCACAACUAAAAAGUCAUAUCGCCAUAGUAUUUUAAAUCAAUUUUACAAAGAAUUAUUCUACAUUUACAAAUUUUUCUGGUGUCCACUAUGGAGAAAUGAAGCUAUUUAUAAACAUUUAAAAAUAUUCAGAAUGAUGUCACCUCCAACGCACAAUAUAUAGGAUGACCUUUGCCCUCACCCAUAAUUGUGUUUGACUGUCAUUCUGUGACAGCAUAUUUAAUCUGCUAAAAGUUGAAAUUGGUAUUUAAAAAUAAAUUUACAUUUUAAUAAGUUAAUUAAAAAUUUGAUAAAAAAGUAAAUACAAAAUUUGAUUGAUUUUUUUUUUAAAUUGUAUCAAAAUGUUUGAUUUUGACUUUCAUCACAUCUCACUAAAUGUAGAUAUGUAUGUACAUACUGUAUAUGGCAUAUUAAAGCAAUAUCACAGAGGCUAUAAUGUGUUACAUUAGCACAACUAUGAAGCGUAAUAUUGUUCAUAUACUGUGGAGUGAUACAAAACUGUAAAGCAUCCCAGCAAACCUCUCAACCAAUCAGAUUUAAGUACCAGAACUUACUGGUA